GGGAAACCCAUGGAGCUGAGCACAUUAGCAGCUUUCCCUCUUGCUGGAAGCAUGUUAGCUUGAUUCAAUUCAUUUCCAGCCACAAGACAGGUGGGUCAUCAUCUAAACUACAGGGGUGCAGACAUAGGCAAGAGAAGACUUGGUCCUGUACUUUCCCAGGAGCUACCUGCAGUGUUGCUUGGGUAGGAUACGGGCCCUCUGUGUGGACAGCAGAGAGAAAAUGGCCACUGGUGGAGAAAACCACGCAACGCCCGUGGCUCACUCACCCAUCCAUCGCGCCGAAAGCCAGCGGUAGGGGAGCAGCGAGCGAGGCGGGGCGGCGCGGCCACGGCACGGCGGCUCCACCGUGUGCAUGUAGAUGAGAUCCCCCGGAGCACGUCACUCCGCACCGGCGCUCUGCGUUUGGGGCGGCGGAGAGCGAGGGCGGGCGAGCGGGAGCCGCCGGCGGAGGAGAGGAGAGAAGAGGAGAGGAGAGGAGGCGGUGGCUCGGCAGCGGGCAGCCAGCAACGGCUCCGCGGCGCCCCCGAUGCCGCCCAGCCCAACGCCGCGCGGGCCCCGCGGGGCGAAGACGGGCGCCGGCGGGAGGGGAGCAGCGCGGUGGUGCUGAAGGACAGCUCCGCUCACAUCCGCGCCCCGCCGCGCCCCGGCGCCGGGUGGCCGCGAGGCCGCCGCGCCUUGAUGUGCCCCCAGCGCCCGCGGCUCCCAUGGCGGUGGCACGGAAAAUCAAAACUUUGUUGACGGUCAACAUCUUGGUCUUCGUGGGGAUCAUCCUCUUCUCCGUCUACUGCAGGAUCCAGGAUCGUUCCCAGGAGCUGGUGCAGAUUGUCCGGAGCGCAGACCGCCGUGUCAGGAGCCGAGGAGCCAAGGUGGGCAGCCUGGCUGACAGGGAGUCCAUCCUGCAGCGCCUGGACCACCUGGAGGAAGUAGUAUACAACCAGCUAAAUGGCCUUGCAAAGCCUAUGGGAUUAGUUGAAGGUCCAGGAGGCUUGGGCCAGGGGGGAAUGGCUGCUACCCUAAGAGAUGAUAGCCAUGAAUCGGAGACUAAAUAUGAAGAAUAUGGUUACAAUGCCCAGCUCAGUGACAGGAUAUCUCUCGACAGGUCCAUCCCUGACUACAGACCAAAAAAGUGCAAGCAGAUGACCUACCCAGAUGACCUGCCCCAGAUCUCUGUGGUCUUUAUAUUUGUUAAUGAGGCGCUGUCUGUCAUCCUGCGCUCCGUGCACAGUGUUGUGAAUCACACCCCCUCGCAUUUGCUCAAAGAGAUCAUUCUGGUGGAUGACAACAGUGACAAUGUUGAGCUCAAAUUUAACCUGGACCAGUAUGUCCAUAAAAGAUACCCAGGUCUGGUGAAAAUAGUGCGCAAUAACAAACGAGAAGGACUGAUUCGAGCCAGAAUUCAAGGCUGGAAAGCUGCAACCUCUCCUGUUGUUGGGUUCUUUGAUGCUCACGUGGAAUUCAACAUUGGCUGGGUGGAACCUGCGCUUACCCGGAUCAAAGAAGACAGAAAGCGGAUCAUCUUGCCAGCAAUCGACAACAUCAAGUACAACACAUUUGAAGUGCAGCAAUACGCCAAUGCAGCCCAUGGCUACAACUGGGGCCUCUGGUGCAUGUACAUCAUCCCACCACAGGACUGGCUCGAUAAAGGGGACGAGUCAGCACCCAUCAGGACACCAGCCAUGAUUGGAUGCUCAUUUGUAGUAGACCGAGAGUAUUUUGGUGAGAUUGGCUUGCUUGACCCUGGCAUGGAGGUCUAUGGAGGAGAGAACAUUGAAUUGGGCAUGAGGGUCUGGCAAUGUGGAGGAAGUAUGGAGGUGCUACCCUGCUCUCGUGUGGCACACAUCGAACGCACAAAGAAACCCUACAACAAUGAUAUUGAUUACUAUGCAAAGCGCAAUGCCCUACGGGCUGCAGAGGUCUGGAUGGAUGACUUCAAGUCCCAUGUUUACAUGGCGUGGAACAUCCCCAUGGCAAACCCUGGAGUUGAUUUUGGAGAUGUUUCUGAAAGAAUAGCUCUGCGACAGAGACUGCAGUGCCGGAGCUUUAAGUGGUACUUGGAGAACGUCUAUCCUGAAAUGAGAGUCUAUAAUAACACAGUCACUUACGGAGAGGUGCGUAACAGCAAAGCUAGUGGCUACUGCUUGGAUCAGGGAGCUGAAGAGGAUGACAAAGCAAUCCUUUAUCCAUGCCAUGGAAUGUCCUCUCAGCUCGUUCGCUACAGCUCUGAUGGCGUCCUGCAGCUGGGGCCGCUGGGCUCCACCGCCUUCCUGCCUGACUCCAAAUGCCUCGUUGAUGACGGGAAGGGCAGGACACCGACUCUGAAGAAGUGUGAAGAUGUCCUGAGACCAGCACAGAGGUUCUGGGAUUUUACACAGAACGGUCCAAUCAUCAGCAGAGACACUGGCCGUUGUCUAGAAGUGGAAAUGUCAAAGGAUGCAAAUUUUGGGCUCAGAUUAGUUGUACAAAGGUGCUCGGGGCAAAAAUGGAUGAUUAGAAACUGGAUAAAACACGGCCGACAUUGACUGCUGAGGCUGAGAGGCUGCUUCUCCUGCCGUUGUCCAUUGCUCAGUGUGCCAUAUCUUGCAAGGCAUUUGUCCUACAGCAAAAUAGUUUGAAGAGGACUUGGAUCUAAACUCCAUAGUUGAGCAAUCAGUGGAGGAAAAAAAAAAAAAGAGGAAGAAAAAAAAAAGCAAAUACAUACAUGCUCUGUUUGACUAUUUCUUGCUACAGCAGACAACCUGGGAAGCUUAAGAAGAGUUUUCUGUUUAUAUGGAAAUCUUGGGAAGAUCAGAAAACACAGAAAAGUGUAUUCCUAAGCUCUCCUAGGAGAAUUAAUAGACAGUUGUUUCUAUGAGUUGAGAGAUCCCAAUACUGCCUCAUAAAGAGAGUUCUCCGAUGGGUAGCUUUUUAGCUUUAAGUUAUUGACUGGUGCACAAAUCCUAUGGUGAAUAAUCAUGUGCCUUUUUUACUGUACUUCGUAUACAAGAGGACUGGAAAAAUCCUACCUUUUCAGCAUGUCUGGCUCAUUGUACGAAAACGAAGACCUGUAAAUAACACUGGAAAACAUAAUACAAUAUAUGAUAAAUUUCAAGGUUAAUUGUUUAGGAGUCUCUAUCUCUAGAAAGAGACUAUUCUGCAUAUGUUUACAGGUGGUUGUCAACCUUCAAGCUGCUAAAAGGCAGCAUUUUAGAGACCUCUUCUAUAGACACAGAUAAACGUUGAAUAGGUAAAAUAACCACGUUCCAUUGUAUUGCCACAUUUUACAUUUCUUGACUGUAAAGGCGUCACAAUAUAGCACUUGCAUAUUUAACUCUUUUGAGGCAGUAAAUGUCCUUGUAGGUGAGUGGAUUUGGAGAGGCCUCUGCUGGCCUUCAAGCCCCAAGUACAGGUUCAAGGCUCCCAUCCUGCAGGGCUGUGCCUGCAGGUACACUUGGUGUUGUUCCAGCGACCGCCUGGAAGCCAGGGGCAGGGAAUGCUGGAUGCUCAUUACUUCUGCAAAUAAGGUGACUUAGUUGCCAACUGUGGAAUUCAGCAAUUUGAGGCUUCCAUUUUGUUGCCCAUCUUGUGAAAAUGUCAAAUGUGAGCAAACAUGCUUUGUGAGCACUGUCUAGACAAAUUUCCUGAACAAAACAACAAAGGCUUUUCAGUUUUUGAAAACAAACAAAAAACCUAGAGAAGAAGUUAGAGCAGGAGAGAACUAGGCAGCUUAUAUGAGAAACGUUACUCUGAAAUAUAGAUAUUUUACUGUAGUUGACCUGGUGACAGCAUAUCUGUGAACCUGAAUUUACUAACGUAUCCAAUGGCUCAUGCAGUGUCUGUGCACGGGCAGCCAGAACCAUGGCGGAGCCUUACCCAAGAGGCGAUCAGAGCUGAUGACCGCUGCCAAGGUCAGCAUGCUUUGGGUCCACAUCAGAUGGCUUUUCAUUGCAGUAAAUUCAGUCAUACUGAAUGAGAGACAGAGACAGCAUCUUAACUUUGUUGUUUAAUAUUUUAUAGUACUUUUAAAAAAGGUUUUGUUUUGUUUUACUGAGCUAGGAAAAUAGGUAAUUGCAGACACUGCAGUACCAUAAAUCUUGGUGAUCUGUUUCUUGAAGAGCUUUUGCUGUUCCUAUUUCAAGGCAUGCUGAACAAAAUAAAAUGGAAACAAAGCUAAUUUUUCAAGGGCAUGGUAUGUAAUAAAAUAUUUACUUUUAACAUGCAAAUUCCAUCAGUUGUUGUCAACUCUUGGUUGGCAUCCAGAGAGCACAUCACUAUAUUUUGCCCCAUUUUAUUUUUGCAGUUGUGUGUACAAUAUGUAAUACAAAGUCUGGCUUUUCUAAUUUUUUUUUUUUUUGGUGGCUAAUAGCUAAUCUUUGUUUAUGUCACAUGCACCAGGUUAUGCAUGAAUAUAUACAAAAGAAUAAUUAUGGCUGAGAUUCUAAUAUAAAAACGGUGAAAACUCUGUGUUUAUGGUUACUUGACCUCUGGAACAGCUUGAUAAGACCUGCAGGGGGAGGUAACAUCUUAAAUUAAUCAGGCAUUACAUUAAAAUAUAUCAUGGAGGAACUCAGAGCUCAGUCCUUCCUACAGCUCUGAAACAGAGGUAGGAAGAUUCAGGCUAAAUAUAGACCAGGAGCAGUCGCCCUGCAUUUAACCUCAUUAUGUUAAUCUACUAGACAAUUUAAAACAGCCAGUUACUAUCUACAAGGCAGGUGUUGAAUUCUUUGCACAGAACUUCUAUUUGUAAGUGACUUUUGAUCUUCUCUCAGAUACAAUUUAAAAGGGGGAAACUGUAUGGAAGUCUUAUUCCUUCUUUUGUUUAUUCUAACAGAGUUUUAUGGCAUGGCUGAGGGAGGCAGGAAGACAGAAAGGAAAGUUACUUUUACCUGGUGAGUUCUGGGGGGAGCAAAGUGGCAAAGUUCACACCUUGUGUAGUCUUCUCAGUUAAACACAGAUAACUGUGAAGGUGGCACAAAGGUGAAAACAGUCAUAUGUCAGUGUGACAUCUCAAUGCCUCACUAGUAGGAAUAUGAAGUUACUUCACCCAACAGAAGCUAGUAUGCCAUGUGUUGUUUUUAUUCUUGACUUAAAUCAUUAAUCUGGACUUGAUCCUUGGUUAGCAGUAGGGCAGCAAGCUUUUCAACCCUUUGCACAUGAAAAAGGAGAAAUACCAAAUCUACUAGCCUAAAAAAUAACAUUGCAUUUGCUGUUUAGAAGCUUUGAAGCUGACAAGACCAGACAGAUGUGCUUUUACUGUCAAAGAUCUUAAGCAAAAAUUAUUACCUUUCAUUAUCACACUACCAUAACGAACAUGAAUUGGCCAUCCUGGGAAUUACAUGGCUGCACUUUUUUGGUGCUCAGUGCAAAGCAUUUGAAUGUGGCCAUGUGGUCUAACCAAGGGUCAGUCCUGGCAUGCUUUGAGUGCAGAGGUCACACAUUGCUGGAAGCCUGCAAGAGCCAGACUUUCAUUAUGAGAAAGAACACAGAUUUCUGUGAGAGUUAAAUGGCUCUGAGAUUUAUGGAAUAAUAUAAAAGAAUUCAAAUAACUUAAAGGUAAGGUUGCUUUUCUCUGUGAUUGUCAGGGUGUUUUUUUUAAGACUUAAUGAAACAAUUUCUUAUAUUUAAGAAAUACGUCUGUUGUGUUCUUUUUACUUUGGUCUUUAUCUGUCUGAACCACUGCUUUGACUGUGGUAUUAAAAUGGUAAAUCUGCAUGUGGGAGAGUCUUAAAUAUUCUCUCAUAAAAGGAAUAACAAUAAUAAAAAAGGUUUGAGUAUUAUCUGUUUUAACCAAA